GAAGUAAACGGUGUUAAUCGAGUGCAUUAGUGCUGCUAACAGGUGUUCCCUCUGGAAAGCGACGGUGACGUGUAGUCGGUGAAAAACUUUGAUAAAGAACAAUCCGUUCGUUUUUUUCUUGAUCACAAGCGAAAACAAGGAGCCAUUUUUCAUCUGUGGGGCGUACCAUUGUAUGGCACAUCGUCCCGUCAGUGCAAUGUCGCGUCAAGAAUCGGAAAUGAUCAACCGCAGCCGUCGGGCUCUGUCGUCGGGCACGCUUACGGACUCGAUCGAGAAGCUUCGUCACAUGUGCCUUGCUCGGGGUGCGUCGGGGAUCCUGGGCUUGGGUCGGUGCUUCCGCCGCAUGGACGACGACGGCAGCAAGGCGCUCUCGCUGGAAGAGUUCAUCAAGGGUUUGCUCGACACCGGACUGGACGUCACCAACGAGGAAGCAACUGAGAUGUUCAACAAGUUCGACACCGACGGAAGCGGUUCGAUCAACAUGACCGAGUUUCUGAUUGCUAUUCGGCCAAAUAUGUCCGAAUCCAGGAAGAACAUCGUCAGUCAAGCGUUCGUUAAAUUGGACAAGACCGGAGAUGGAACCAUUACCGUUGAUGAUUUAAAGAACGUUUACUCGGUCAAGAACCACCCGCUGUACAUUAGCGGUGAGGAGACGGAGGACGUCAUCCUGCGGAAGUUUUUGGCCAAUUUCGAAGAGAACGGCAACGUCGAUGGGACCGUCACCAAGGAGGAGUUCCUGAACUACUAUGCAGGCCUUAGCGCUUCGAUCGAUUCGGAUGCCUAUUUUGAUCUGAUGGUUCGCCAGGCUUACAAGCUGUAAGCGGUGAAUAUUAUCAUGAACAACCCGCAGCGCUGGUUACCAGCCGCGAUUCUCUAAAGUAUUUUAAGUCGUUACAAAAUGCAACAAUAUUAUUAUUUAUUGUUUUAUUACUAAAUAUGUUGUGCAGCAUACUACCAAAAAAAGCAAACAAUGAUAAAGGUCGCUUGACAAGCGAGAGUGCAAGUUUAUUUGAUUAUUCUGCAAACUGCCUUUGUCGAUUUGAACAAGUAGUGUUUUUAAAAUGUCGUUUAAACAUUCCCUAAGUUAACUGAGAAAAAAAAAUGUUUUUUAAAUUUUGACAAUUGAUCCACACGAUCUGUGACAAUGCAAGAGUAAAAUUAAUGU